AUGAAGUUGUUCUGGCUGGCCGCCGCUGGCCUGCUGUCUUCAGCAACGGCCUACAAGACCAACCAAUACCACUCAUCCUUCUCCAACUCGCUAUCCUCUUCGACGCCCUUCUCGAUAUACGGGGACCGACCAGACGACUGCCCGCCAUGCUUUAAUUGCAACCUGGACGGCUUCCAAUGCCACCAAUACGCCAACUGCACCCAGUCGAGCGGCAAAUGCGCAUGUCCCUCAGGCUUCGGUGGUGAGGACUGCUCCCAGCCACUGUGCGGCUCGCUGGCCGACGGGCACAACAGACUGCCGCGCCAGGGCCACGAUUGCGAGUGUAAAGAGGGCUGGGAGGGCAUAAACUGCAACGUCUGCAAGACAAACGACGCCUGUAAUGCCAUGAUGCCCGAGGGCGAGGGUGGCGUUUGUUAUCGCGAGGGCCUGGUCGUCAACGAGAACUACCAAAUGUGCGACAUCACCAACCGCAAGAUCCUCGAUCAGCUCAAGGAGAAGAAGCCUCAGGCCACCUUCUCCUGCAACGCCGAUCGCAAAGAGUGCAACUUUCAGUUCUGGGUCGAUCAGAAGGAGUCUUUCUACUGCGCCCUCGAUACUUGUACCUGGUCCUCCAAAGCCGAACCCAACCGCAACUCGACGUCGUACCAUUGCGAGAACAUCAAAUGCCGCUGCAUCCCCGGUCGCAUGCUCUGUGGCGAGGCCGACUCGAUUGACAUUGGAGACUUUCUGGAAGAAGACAUCAAGGGUCCUGCUAGCUUCACAUCUGUCUCGACCGAAGGCGGUAGCGCUUCGGAUGGCAGCAAGUUCUCGGAACCUGCCAUGAACGAUCUCAUUUCCAAUGUUUUCGGAGACGACAGUAUCACGCUCAAGUGCCACUCUGGAGAGUGUCUGUACGUCACAGAUGUCCCUGGCUAUGAAAGACCUGUCAAGAAAAUCAACACACCGCUCAUUGCCGGCGUCAUCGCUGGCUGUGCUCUGUUCGUUGUCGCUGUCAUCCUCAUUGUCUGGUUCCUCUCGCGCAGAAAGACAAAGUACGGUCCUAUCCACCUCUCUGACGACGAGGACGACCUGAACGCUGCUCUCCUCGCCGACCACAAACCCGCCAGUCUCUUUUUCGAAAAUGUCUCGUAUGCUCUCAAGGGCAAGCAAAUCCUCACAGACAUUCAAGGUGCCGUUCAUCCUGGCCAGCUCAUGGCUAUUAUGGGUGCUUCGGGUGCUGGCAAAACCACCUUCCUCGAUAUUCUGGCCAGAAAGAACAAGCGCGGUACCGUCAUCGGCAACUUCUUGAUCAACGGAGAGAAAAUUCCAGACAACGAGUUCAGAAGCGUCAUUGGCUUUGUCGAUCAGGAUGAUACCAUGCUCCCUACUCUGACUGUCCACGAGACCAUUCUCGAUAGCGCCAUGCUCCGUCUGCCCAAGGAGAUGAGCUUCGCUUCCAAGCUGCAGAAGGUUGAAGAUGUUGAAAGACAACUCGGUAUUCACCACAUCCGUGACCAGCUCAUCGGAUCGGAAGAAGGCAACGGCCGCGGUAUCUCUGGCGGAGAGAAACGCAGAGUCGGUAUCGCUUGCGAGCUUGUCACCAGCCCCAGUAUCCUCUUCCUAGACGAGCCCACCAGUGGUCUCGAUGCCUUCAACGCUUUCAACGUUGUCGAAUGUCUUGUUCACCUCGUCAAGACGUACAACAGAACCGUCGUCUUCACCAUCCAUCAGCCUCGCUCCAACAUUGUUGCACUUUUCGACCAGUUGGUUCUUCUCGCCAAGGGCAGAACCGUCUACUCUGGUCCCUUCGGCAACUGCCAAGCCUACUUCGACAACAUCGGCUACUCUUGUCCUCCUGGCUUCAAUAUUGCCGACUAUCUUGUUGACUUGACAAUGCACGCCAGCACUGUUCACCCACAGAUCCCCGAGGACAGUUCUAUUUUCCGCCAGCCCGUCGGACGCAGUACCCGUGCAAGCAGCGCUGUUGCUGUAAAGUCAAUCCCAAGUGUUUCCAACUUCAGUGUCGAGCAGGGAGGUUCCAUCACAUCCGAUUCUCCUCUCAGACCCAAGAACAGCCGUACUGCUUCAAUCAAGCAGCAGCAAGACAAAGUGCUCUUCACAAGGAAGCAGGCAUCACGAGACCCGCCUGCAACUGCAAGCACCAUCCGCUCCGACGCUUCCUCUUUGGAGAACAGCUUCGACAACACUCAGCAAUGGCUCAAAAUGAGAGGAGUAAACCAAGCUCACGACGAUCCUAAUGGUCUUCCUCCCAAUGCCGAAGAGGUGACAAGUACAGAUCUCGACAAUCUCGUUCAGGCUUUUGCCGAGUCUGACGUUGCUGCUGCUCUCAAGGAUGAUAUCCAAAAUGCCGUCUCUGAAGCAGCUCAUUCGAAUGGUCAAGCUAAUGGUGCGGCUAACGGCGGCUCUGCUCAGCCUACUGUCAAGGGUUACCGCAAGACUGGCAUUCUUGGCCAAUUCGUUAUCCUGUCCAAGCGCACAUGGCGCAACCUUUACCGCAACCCUCUGUUGAUGCUAACCCACUACGCCAUUGCCAUCUUGCUCGCUGUCUUCCUCGGGUUCCUCUUCUAUGGCCUGACUGAUGACCUCAAGGGUUUCCAAAAUCGUCUUGGCUUCUUCUUCUUCCUGCUUGCCCUGUUCGCUUUCAGUACCCUCACCUCUUUGACUGUGUUCGCUCCUGAACGUCUCUUGUUCGUCAGAGAGCGCGCCAAAGGAUACUACUCUCCUCUGGCUUACUACGCAUCCAAGGUUGUCUUCGACAUCGUCCCUCUUAGGCUCAUCCCUCCUGUCAUCAUGGCCGUUAUUGUGUAUCCCAUGACUGGUCUUUUGCCUACUGCUGCUGAAUUCUGGAAGUUUAUGCUGUUUGUGGUUCUCUUCAACCUUGCAGCUGCUACAGUAUGCUUGUGCAUCGGCAUUGUCAUCAAGAACCAGGGUGUCGCCAAUCUUGUCGGUGUUCUUGUCAUGCUGUUCAGCUUGCUCUUUGGCGGCUUCUUGCUCAAUCACGAGACCAUUCCCAAGGGUCUUCGUUGGUUGCAAUCAAUUUCCAUCUUCCAUUACGGUUUCGAAGGUCUAAUCGUCAACGAAGUGCGCUACCUUUCGCUCAUUGACCACAAGUAUGGUCUUGACAUCGAAGUACCUGGAUCGGCCAUUCUCAGCUCCUUUGGCUUCAAUGUUUUGGCGCUCUGGAGUGACGCCGUCGGUCUUGCGGUCUUCUGCGGCGUGUUCCUGGUGUUGGGAUAUGUGGCAAUGCAUUUCUUGCUCGUAGAGAGAAGGUAG